AUGGACGGCUACUUCAUGUUUGGCAACAAGCUGGUGUGCCAGGUGCUGAAGCACCAGGAACUCCACAAGAGGAUGUUCUUCAAGUGGAGGAAGAAGAUGCAUAAUCGCCGCCGGGGCCACACAAAGAGGGCUCAGGAGGCGCAUAACCGGGAGCGCAGCGAAGAUGAGCAAGCAGCUCAGGUGAAGAAGCUGAUCGCAAAGGAUGCGCACAGACAGAAGCGCAUUCUGGAGAUGGGGAUCGACUACCACUACAGUGGGUUCAAAGAUGUGGCUGCACCUCCUGGCAAGAAGAGGAGGCUGCAAGGCGAUGGUGGUGCAUCAGUUCCUAGUGCUGGUGCCAAGCGUGAUGAUGCGAUGAUAACUAACGAUGAAUGCCUGGAUCUGAGUGACCUGGAGUUGGAAGAGGAUGGGUGCCAGAUGGACGAGGCCAGUGACCUGGAGAAUGACUGUGAGGCAAUGGCAGGCGCUGUCCCUAUUACCAUAUCCAAAGGGAAAUCGCACAGCAGUGAAGGUGGGGUGCCCCACGCGAAAGCCGUCAGAGUAGGGAAGAAGAAGGGUUCAAAGCCACCUGGAAAAGGGGAGAAGAGAAACGAUAUGCCCCAACGGCAUGCCAGCCAUGAGCGAGGAGGGGAUCUGGGCACAAAGGGGAUGGCCUCAAAAAAGAAAAAGAAGAUGGGCAGGUGA